AAGGGAAUGUAGGAGGUAAAAAUACAGACCCUUUCAUCUGAAACGUUCUGAUCUGUUCAUCUUGCUGAAGAGAUCAAGAUGACGUCAUGGUCGUUGUUUCUAAUGUCGGGAGCUCGAGCUGGGUUGAAGGCCGCUUGCUCAGCUGGGACACAAUUUGUUCAAAUCUGAGGCUCAAGGUCGCUGACAGUUACCGGUACCUUGGAUUUCAGGAAUAUCCUCUCCCAGUCCCCUUUCCCCUCUGAGAGCAUGGCUCAGGAGACCAAUCAGACGCAAGUGCCAAUGCUUUGCACUAUGGGGUGUGGUUUCUAUGGAAACCCCCGCACCAACGGCAUGUGCUCUGUCUGCUACAAGGAACACCUGCAGAGACAACAGGGAGGUGGCCGAUCCAGCCCUCCAGGAGAAAAGGCUGCUACAUCACCAUCAGGAUCACCGACAUUAGCUAGUUUGACUGUGGACACCACAACCUCAGAGCUCAGUACAGAAGUAGCAGGAACCCCACCAGAGGAACAAACGCCUAGUCCUAGCUCCCCAAGUCCAGUUACUGAACAGAUGACGGCAAUGAGCAUCUCCCAAGAUUCAGGAACUGUGGAUUCAGAUCGAGCAGAAAAUAAGGAAGGAGAAGAGGAGGGUACGUCCAGCAGCGCCGAUCCUGUGGGUGAAGGAGCACAAGCCUCUGACGGUGAACAAACUCCUGAUAAAAACAAGAAAGCAAACCGAUGCUUUUCUUGCCGAAAGAAAGUGGGCCUUACUGGUUUUGACUGUCGCUGUGGUAACGUUUUCUGUGCCAUUCACCGUUACUCUGACAAACACGACUGUCCCUACGAUUACCGGAGUGCAGCGGCUGCACGCAUACGCAAGGAGAAUCCCAUCGUGGUGGCUGAGAAAAUUCAGAAGUUAUGAGGACCAAGUGCAAUAAAAAGUCUCUCUGACUUUGUGAAUUUGACUAGUGGCGACUCGGAUGGAAACACCUGAUAUCAUGGCUUCAUUAGUUCAUGGUAGUCUAGGGCGGGCGGGGUGGGAUGAAGUGAUUGCAACAAAUACCCGGACACUCUCCUUAAACCCCCUCCCUCUCUCUCCGUGUGUGUGUGUGCGUGUGCUUGCGUGCGUGCGCUCGAGAGUUAGGGAGAGAGCUGUAGGGGCUUGGUGGACAUUUGUAUAGCUGUGGGGAGGGAAGCCAUUUUAAUUUUACCUUAUUUUUUCAUGGAGUGAACGCGAGAGGUCAAUUUUUGUACAAUUCUUGUGUUGUUGCGAUGACAUUGGGAAAAAGAUGGUAAGGGAAUGUGCCACAGCCUGAAUAUGAUACAGAGGAACAUUAGAAGGGUUUAGAAUCACACAAACAUACAGAUUUCCUGUGUCAGACCUUUUAAGGGCUUUGGAAUAGAAAUGUCUCGUGGACAGAUACAUUCUGUCAGCUUCUUAUUAUUAAAUCAAUUUUUUCUUUCUUUUAACUCCUUUACUCUAUAGAUUACCACACAUUGAACCCCCAAAGGCUCUGCGUUUUCCUGAAGUCUAUAUUGAUUCAUUUGGGAAUCGGGUGCAUGAUAGUGGGAGGGGAGGGGGGGGGGGGGGGUGAGAACCUUGACAUAACUGAGUGAAUGAAUUAUCUUAUUUCCUUUGUUUUAAUGAGUGUAUGACAUCAGAAGAUCUAUAUUAAUAUAUUCUAGUUAGCUUGAAUUGUGUGAUUGCAUUCUAUUUAUUUUAUAUUGUUUGGCUGGUCUGUGCUGGAGGAUUGGCAGCAUGUGUCGGCAAAUCAGUAAGGUUUGUACUUAUCGAUUAUGUUGAAGUAAUUCCAUUUUUAUUAUAUAACCACAGAAGUUAAAAUUACAACCCUCUCACUUGAAGUGGAGUCCAGUUUAGCUUUUCCUAUCAAGAUCGUGCAGGUAAAUGUUUUGUUUGUGGAGACGAAAGCACAACAGUCAACUGCAGAGCACAGCCUCUGUGCCACACCAACUUAGUUUCGGUCAGCAUCUUGGUCAUUUUUCAGGUUAUGUGAAGUGUAUACAGAGGGAAAAACAUGCCUUGUUUGAGUGAUGAGACGUUCUGUUUAAGGCGGUGUGCUUUUUCUGUUUUUCGGAGUCCGGGUAAAGCUCCGUGUUGUUCUAACCACCAGCAGACCACUGACGCAUGCUGAAUGAAAACUGACCUGGGUCGCAGUUGCUCUACAUGUAACGUUCUGCUCAGCUGCAGUACAGAUUGUGGCCAUCCCGUGCUUUUACAAUGUGCUCCGAUUCAGACAAGUCCUGUAAAAAGAUUGUUUCUUGCUAGCUUCAUCUAUGAAGAUGGAACUUUCAUGCAUGUUAGCAGUAGAACGGAUGCGUUACUCUGCCGACUGCACAUGUUGAAAUGGAGCUUGAAUGUUCAAAAGGCCACUCAGCAGUAGCACAAUGCAUGGCUGGAACCUUGAGGUUCAAGUUAACUGGACUCUACAGGUGUUUUUUUUUUCAAAUGUAAAUAACAUAAUGCUCUAAUUCAUACAGUAUAAUCUCGAUGUAGAUUUUUGCCAGGUGAUUAAGGUGGUGGAUUAAGGUGAAGAAUAGUACUAAGUGUAUUAAAGUGCUUUUCAUAAUUAUCUUUAUAAAAAAAGUGCCUCAAUGGCACUGCUAUGUUCCCCUAAUUAUUCCCCGUUAUUUAGGUUAUUACAUGUCACAUUCAGUGUUUUCAGUAACAAGCUCGGAGCUCAUAUCCUCACCUGUCUUCUGUUCUACAAACAUAGUUCGAUUAACAAACUCCAAAUUUCAUCUUUCAUUAUUUAAAGCUCCCCUGUAAAUGUUGCUUGAUCAUUUAAUAUUUAUGAUAAAGGAGUAGAAACACUUCAAAGAAUUUGCAGGGUGUGUUGUUUCCAUAAAAGACAGCGUGUUUUGUGCUGGGUGUGUGUAAUGCUUUGCUUGUGGUAAAAGUAUUACACUUUGGGUCUGGGUGGGUUUUGACUCCGUUUGGAUUCCCGUUUGUGUGGAUGAUGUCUCGGCUUGCAAAAACCAAGGUUUUCUACCUGACAGGUUGAGAAUCUGUACACUCUUAACUGUGAUUAAUUUAUUCCUUUGUCCCACACCUAUAGUGGAAAAUGGAAAUUCAGAUGAAGUGGACCUUGAACAGUGAAAAUGUCUAAAUUUGGCACCCCUCACAGGGACUAGUGGUUGGUGCUAGGUGCCUAAUCACAGAAUCCUCAGACUCGCCAGGUUACAAAUGUCUGACUUAACUGCAGGAUGCACGUCCGAUGAUUAGCAUACUGUGUAAAUCUUUGCUUUUAAGAUUUGCACUUGUUCCUAAUGACCGCUCACAUCAGUUCCCAAACUCUCAACGUGAUAUUUUUUAAACAGAUGUGAGCAGCUUGAAUGUAAACCACCACAAUUCACACAAGAGGAUGUCCAUUAAAGUAUCUGGUGCAAGCAUACCUGUGUAUUGAAAAAAAAUAGCUGUUAAUGUCUUCAACAUGCAAGGGUGUUUCCUUACUAAUAAAAACCUGCAAGCUAUGAUUGCUGGUUCACCACAGAGGUAAAUACAAGACCAGAGACCUAGUAUGUCCCUCAGCACUCCAGUCCCCCAGAAACACCGCCUGAUAUUUUUUGUUGGUUCUUGUUUAUUUUAUUUUUUUUUUCAGAGUUAGGAUUGUAUGAUGCAUAAGAAUAAGUGUAAAUCAAUAAAAUCACAAAGUUUAUUUUAAAUUA